CAUCAAAAUUAUUGAGAUAGGUUCUUAUCUGAUUGGAGCUGCAGGCGCGGCUGCGCCCUAAUUAGCAAAGUGCUGGUGGUUUUACAUCAGAUGGGAACUUAUUGCAUCGUUUAAUUUUGGAAACAACUAUCAAAACAAAUUAACUUUGAACGAAGCUUGUGCGCCCAGGCGCCCAAAACUUAACGUGAGCAGAAAGCUUCCCCCGAAUCCGCCCCUGUGCGCAUGACGGCGACCUACACACAAAAAAAAAAACAACAACAACAGCAAAAUAAAAGCACACGACGAGCAGAGCAACUGGCAAAACGGGCCAGAAGAAUACAUACAACACGGAGGCGAGUUCGUUCUUGUGUUGUGGUUUAGUUGAGCGUUUGGUGGCGUUGCGAACGGACAGAGACACCAUCAAAAUCACCAACUGCUACAGCAGUAGCAGCAGCAGCAACAGCAGCAAUUAGAAAAGCUAAACAAUAACAAAAAACAGAGAGCUACUCAGCUUUGGCCUGGCUUUUUGUCGUAGUAAACGCCAUUGACUGGAAUAUUUGAACAGAGACAGAGGCAGUGUGUAAGACAGAGAGAGAGAGAGAGAGAGAGAGAGCGAGAGAGGUAGAGGGGCAGCAGGUAGUCUGGCAAGUGGCCCCUUUAUACACACACUCAUAAUUUGUUGUGUUUUUCUUUGUUUCGGCAACAACAAAUUUUGUUAAAUUAGUGCGCAAUUACAACAACUACAACAAAGACGUUAACAACGUGCGCAGCAAUUUGUUUAAAUCGACGACUGCAAUAAUAUAAAAAAGAAACUGCGCAAAAAAUAUAAAACCACAAAAACGUUGCAUCACGCAACAACAACAACGAAAUUCAAUGUAAAACGCAACUUGAAUUCUCCAAAAAUCAAUAAACAGCAGCAGCGAAGGAGCAGAGGCAGACAGAAGCUGCGACAACUGCAACAACAACAACAACGACAACAGCGACAACAAGAACAUCAGCAGCAGCGCAGGAAGAACAAGAACAAGAACAGCAACUGACAAAACAAGAACUGUAAAAGCUUGAGCACUUAAGGCGAAGCUUCAAAGCGCAGCAAAACGCAGCCAGCGCUCAAAGCAGCAGCAACAAAGACACAAAAACCAAAACAAAACGAACAACAAAAGUGAAACGUAAAAUUUACAUAAUUCAUUGGCUGCUGCGACAGCGUUUAAAAUACAGCUAGAAAGAGAGCGAGAGAGCGAGCGAGAUGCCCUCAUUGCUGGAGGCGCUGGAGCGCAAAUAUUUCGCCGAAUGCGAAUUCGAGAACGCCAACCAGCCGGAGCUGCACAAGCGCUCCGAUCUGCCCAAUGACUUUACGGUUACCAAAUGUGGCGGCCGCAUGGAGUUCUCCAUAUUCAUACCGCGCCUCUCCCCGCUGACCAGUGUGCCCGCCCUGCUGGUGCUCAACGACUGCGACAUCGAUUGCGCCGGCGAUUUUGAGAGCAUACGCGACAAAUGCCAGCGUGUGCGUGAGCUGGAUCUGGCGCAGAACAAGCUGCAGGAUUGGCACGAGGUGUUCAACAUACUGAAGCAUAUGCCGCGCAUCGAGUUCUUGAAUCUGAGCAAGAAUCAGCUGCUGAGCACGCCCAGUGCGUUGCUGGCGGCGCCCACGAUCAAUCUGAAGAAUCUGGUGCUCAAUGGCACCUACCUGGACUGGAUGUGCGUGGAUGCGCUGCUGCAGAACUUGCCGGUGCUGCAGGAGCUGCACCUCAGCCUGAACAACUACAGUGCCGUGCUGCUGGAUGCGGCUGAGGAGGUGGAGCACAGCAGCAGCAGCUGUCAAUGCGUGCCACAAACUGAAAAUGAAACUGAAACGGAAGCAGAAGCGCUAGCAUUGACAGAGAGCUGCUGCAGCCUGUGCCGGGCCAGACGCAAGCUGACGCAGGCACAUCCGGCGCUCAAGACACUGCACUUUACGGGCAAUCCCAUCGAGCACUGGCAAGAAAUUUGUCGCCUAGGCAGACUGUUCCCCAGCCUCGAGACCCUAGUGCUGGCCGAGUGCCCAAUCAAAUCGCUGCAGGCCAAUGCCGAACUGGACUCGGCCAGUGCCAGCGAGUGCCACAAAUAUUUCCCCUGCCUGAAGCUGCUCAAUCUGAGCUGUGCCCAGCUCAACAGCUGGGCGGACAUCGAUGAGCUGGCCAAAUACGGUCAGCUGCAGAAUCUGCGGGUCAAGCACUGGCCCCUCUGGGAGACACUCGAGUGCACCGAGCACGAGCGCCGCCAGCUGCUGAUCGCCCGUCUGCCCAACGUGUCCAUGUUGAAUGGCGGCGGGAAGAUCAGCGUGGAUGAGCGUGUGGACGCAGAACGCGCCUUUGUGCGCCACUACAUGGACAAGCCGGAGUGCGAGAGGCCGGCACGCUAUGCGGAGCUGCUGGAGGUGCAUGGCCAAUUGGAUCCGCUGGUCAAUGUCAAUCUGAAGCCGGAGAAGCGUGUCAAGGUCGUGUUCACCUACAACGAAGUCAGCGAAAGUCGUUUCGUGGACAUUUAUCUAACCGUCAACGAUCUGAAGGUCAAGCUGGAGAAGCUCAUCAAUUUGGCGCCAAAUAAGAUGCGUCUCUAUUAUCUGGACCAGGACUACAAGGAGUUUGGGCCCGAGGAGAUGCGCUAUCCCAACAAACAGCUCUACAGCUAUAAUAUACAAUCGGGCGACGAGAUCAUAAUAGAUGCCAAGAAGUGAGCGCCAGAGAAAUGCCCACCUGGAUGGCUACCUGGGCACCCGGACACCUGGAGCGGGCGGUGCUAACAGCAACAAAAACAAUUUGUGAUUCUUGUAUCAUGCUUAUACUAAUAUAUAGACGGAUACAACAACCCAACCAUAUAUAUGUAUAUACAUAUAUCUCGAUAUAAUACAUAAAUCUAUCGUUCAUAUUAUACA